AUGUUAUUACAGAUAUAUUUGUCUUCAACUAGUCAAUCAACAACUGGUCAAUCAAUAAUUGGUCAAUUAAUAAUUGGUCAAUUAACAUCUGGUCAAUCAACAACUGGUCAAUCUACAUCUGGUCAAUCUACAUCUGGUCAGGCUACAUCUGACGCUGAUAAUCCGUUCUUGGAUCAUCAUCCUCGAGCAAACUACACAUUUUCUGAAAACAACGGCGGUUCUAAUUCAAAUUUGAGAAAUAAUUCAAGAGAGGAUGGAGAAUUAAUAGAUAGUCCAACAAAACUGUCCUCAUCAUUAAGGUCAACACCAAGCAACAUUCACAAUUCUCCAUCUUUAGUCUCCUGUCCACCGACAAGCUUAUGUAACUUCAACGAUUCACCAAUCAAUAGCGGCAUCAACAAUACUAACAACAACAUCAACAUAAAUAUCAACAACAUUAACAAUAACAAUAACAUUAACUACAACAAUAACAUUAACAUUAACAACAUUAACAACAAUAAUAUUAACAGCAACAACAAUUAUAAAAACAAUAACAACACUAGCAACAACUACAGUACUCCUACAUCCGAUCAAGCUUUAUCUGUUUUAUUCAAUUUCGAAGUUCAACAAGUACCUCGUAGAAUGUUGAAGGAAGAUGAAGAAAUGACCGGUUUAGAGUUGUACAAUAAAUACAUAAUCAAUGUUUUUUCGAAACAGGCCAAAGUUGUUGAACUCUUGAAUACAACCGAAAAUGUUUACAGAGAUGCAUUGAACGAUCCUUCUAUGGAUGAGGUGUUUUAUGAGCUAGUAAGAUCUAAAAAAUUUACCUUGGUGACGGUUGAGAGCUUCAAGACAACAGAAUAA